ACCUCCCGGGCUUCUUCAGUCUCAUCCUUUGCAACCCACAGCUCUGCCCUGCCCCCUGCAAGACCACCCCUUCUUCCUGACAACCCCCUCCUACCUGCUUGCCAGACACAAUAUCUGACCAGACUCUUUCUGCAAAGACAGCCAGGGUCCUAGGUAGGCAAGCAGCCAGCUAGGCAACCAGCUGCUGACACUCAUCCAGACCAUCGUGAAGAUGUUGGCCUGCAAAAUCUUCAGCCUGUUGGUGGCUUCUGCCGGAAUCGUCUUUCUUUUGAUAGCACUGGUCACUGAUUACUGGCUAGUGGCGUAUGGACCAAGAUACAUCAACCACAGUGGCCUCUGGCAGGAGUGCCUAGACGGGAAAUGCAUCACAGAAGAUGCUCCCGAUGGUUACAUUCUUGCCACACGUGCGUUCUUGAUCUUGGCCGCUCUGGUGGCCUCUAUCACGGUCAUCUGUCUGCUUGCCUCCUUCACUCCCUCCAUCCAUGUCUUGAGGGGAGCUUUCAUCGCUUCCAUUGCUGCCUUUGUGGCAGGACUCUGCACUUUCAUCGCUAUAGCUGUGUUCACUGCUGAAUCCUGGAAUAAGGACGUGGGUCCUCAGAUCCAGUGCACCUACCAAUGGUCUUUCUACCUAGGCUGCACAGCAUUUCCUAUGCUUCUGUUGGCUGGUAUCUUCAGUCUUGUUGCCCACUUGUGUUCUCCCACUGCUAGCUAUGAAAGCAUUUGAAUCCCGGGAUCCACAGAAGCAAAGACAACUUUGCCAUGAAGACCUUCUACACCAAAGGACACCUAUUCCUUGUAUCUCCUAUGCACAUAAACUCCCCUUCACUACCAUUCCAAUUAUGCUGCCUCACCAUUUCUUCCCACCCUAAAUCUAUCUACUCACAGUGGUACCUUCUCUAGGGAAAUGGUCUUCUAACAAUCUGCUUCCAGGGAAUCCUUUCUGCCUUGUCUUAUCUUCUCGUGAAUGUAUGAGCAUCUCUCAUAGAACCCCUGUGGGCAACAAAGGAUUCUGGGAUGUCUUCUGUGUCAAGCUUCCGAUCACCUCAGGCAGGGCACUAUCACUGUGCCGGAGCUGGGAUUAUGCCCUAGAACAGGGAUA